AAACCCAAUCAGACAAGUUGCAGUAAUCUGACUCCGAGAGCACUCAGUGCUGUAGUCUGAGCUAUUAGAGGGCUGCCUCCUGUGCACUCUAUCCAAGGAAGGAAUGAGUGACAGAACAGCAUCAAGGCGUUGGGGUAAGUGUGGACCUCUGUGUAAACGUGAGAGCAUCAUGGUGGCAUUCAAAGGAGUCUGGACUCAGCCUUUCUGGAAAGCUGUGGCCGCUGAGUUUUUGGCAAUGCUUAUUUUUGUUCUCCUCAGCUUGGGUUCCACCAUCAACUGGGGUGGAACAGAGAAACCUUUACCAGUAGACAUGGUCCUUAUUUCCCUCUGUUUUGGACUCAGCAUUGCAACCAUGGUCCAGUGCUUUGGACAUAUUAGUGGAGGCCAUAUCAAUCCUGCUGUCACUGUGGCCAUGGUCUGCACGAGGAAGAUCAGCCUUGCUAAAUCUGUCUUCUACAUUGCCGCUCAGUGCCUAGGUGCUAUCAUCGGGGCAGGGAUCCUCUACCUUGUCACACCUCCCAGUGUGGUAGGAGGCUUGGGAGUUACUACGGUGCAUGGAAAUCUUACAGCUGGUCAUGGGCUCCUAGUGGAGUUGAUAAUCACAUUUCAGUUGGUGUUUACUAUCUUUGCCAGCUGUGAUUCAAAACGAACUGAUGUCACUGGUUCAAUAGCUUUAGCAAUUGGAUUUUCUGUUGCAAUUGGACAUUUAUUUGCUAUCAAUUAUACUGGUGCCAGCAUGAACCCUGCCCGAUCUUUUGGACCUGCUGUUAUCAUGGGAAACUGGGAAAACCACUGGAUCUACUGGGUAGGACCAAUCAUUGGAGCUGUCCUUGCUGGUGGCCUUUACGAGUAUGUCUUCUGUCCUGAUGUAGAACUUAAACGCCGUUUUAGAGAGGCCUUCGGUAAGACUUCUCAGCAAACUAAAGGGACCUACAUGGAGGUGGAUGACAACAGAAGUCAGGUAGAAACCGAUGAUUUGAUCCUGAAACCUGGAUUAGUCCACACAAUUGACAUUGAAAGGGGGGACGAAAAGAAGGGAAAAGAUCCAUCCAGUGAAGUGUUGUCUUCAGUAUGACUAUCAAGUGGCACUGAAAGCAGAGAAGACCCCUCAGAUUUCCUUCCACCCAUUAAAGAAACAGAUUUGUUAUAAAUCAGAUACAUGCAGAUCUUCUGGUUAGUGAAGGAGGAAGCAACUUCUCAGCUGUUUUAUGUCAGAGUCCUCAGUCUCUAAAUGUUAAAUACCUCCUUCUCCCUAUCAAGAUAGGAAGGAGACCUGUAGUGGGUCCCAAAUUCUAGAAGAUAUUCCUAAGCAUACUCCCAAAUUAAAUAUACAUAAAUGUUUAUUUCUAUCCCCAUUUAUCAGCAGUCAAUAGUGAACUGAAAGUACAGAUGUUUAAGGUACAAAUUGGCAGUUGAGAACUGCCUGGAAACUGUCUAUGGACAUAUAUUUAUCAGAUUGUUCUUCUGACACAUGAUGGGCUGUUGUCAGCCCCAAUUAGACUGUUUUACUAUAUUAAGCAUUCUUUGCAGAUUUAUCAGUGGUAAUGUACAAUAAGGCACACAUUCAUUUAAACUCAGAGGUGUAAUUACUUAUGUUCCUCUACCCCCACAUGCCCACUUCAGCAGGCAAUCACUUAAAAAAAACUGCACCCCUGAAAAAUAACAUUUUAAUAGGGGUUUUUUUAAGUGAUAGUAAUUGCAAAUGGUUCUUAUUAAACUGAUAUUACACAUAUCUAUCUUUUACAUGGCAUAUGUCACUUCCCACUGAUAUUAUAGUCCAACUGAAAAGUUCAAGAUUGAAACAUUCUCAAAUAUAGUAUAUAUACAUAUACAUAUAUAUAUAUGUUGUUUUCUAUGUCCACUCUCACCAAACAUCUAACUUUUGAGGUUCACCUAUUGAAAUUUAGUCCUACCAUGAAUCCCAGGUCCAUAUGGGAAUCAGUAUGUUCCCAUACUUCAAUCUGUAAGAUCCAGGAAAUAUGAAUUCUUGUAUCAAAGGAAAAAAAGGUUAAUCUGUUUUCAAUGCACUUACUUAAAUAAACUAAGGUGUGUUAAUUUGUAUCAUCUCAACAUUAACCACACUUAUCUUUUUAAUUUAUUAGAAAAUCUGGGGUUAUUCUGUGUUUGUUUGUCAUUAAUGUUGGUUAACUAUAUUUAACCAUCAGAUAAGACAUAUUUUGAUAACAUAAACAUUACAUUAAUUGUGACUGUUAUUGUUAGAUAAAACACUACUUACCUAAGCCAUGUCCAAUACAAAAACACUAAUUGAUCCAGACUAUACUUGUUAAAGUGACCUACUCAGUCUCAUUGAUAAGAAAGUCCACCUCAUUUCUUAUUCAACUGGUGAAUAAUCAGCAUUACAAGUGUGAUAUCUUAUGGGUAAGGGAAAUUGAGAAAGAAAAGGCAUCAGGAAGAAACUGGGACCAGAUAAAAAGGAAAACAUCAGAAUGUUCUGCCUGCAAAGAUGGCCUUUCAUUUAUAGAAUUGUAGUGGAUAACCCAACAGAAGUAAAUUUAAUGGAUUUUUGUUAAACAGACUCAUUUCUUUGUUAUAAGAGUAUAUAUAAAUAGUUUCUAUUUAUUUUGCUUUUGCCUUAUUCAGUAUUGAGUUCUCUGGAAACCCCAGCUCAUAUAGUUUUAACUGUCUAGGCUUUAGUCUAAAACAAAGAGCUGCAAAUGUCAAUUUCACUGAACAAAACCCAGUAGAAGUGAAGUAAAAACCCAUCACUGCAAGGGGUAGCUUGUAAAUAGCUGAUAACCAAGAGUUCCCCUCUCCCAAGCACAGCUCCAACUGAGAAGUACUUUUUAGCGUUAAUGGCAGCUGUGUGUCUGUGGCAGUGAGAUAAUGGACCAUUAUUAAACCUGAUUCUCUUCGGUGCUAGGAAAGCCGGGAGGCUGCUUGAGAAAGGUAAUGCCAGUGCAGCCGGCUGGGUAGUGCCAAUGGCAUUUGGUGAUGGGGCCUGCCUAAGUUCCAGGCACUCUCCUUGGGAUAAGCACCAAGGGUAGAGCUCUACUUGGCCAAUAAUUCAUUUCUCCAGCUCCAAGUUACUUGCUUGGCACUGGUUUCUGUAGAGCCAAGUGUGAAAGUCACCUGAGGGCUGUGUUCGAUAGCUUUGCCAAAUGCCUGAAUACAACACCGUCAAAGGGGCUUAACAUCAGUGGUUGUGUUUUCCUAGUAUAGGUCCAACUAUCAAUUAUCAGUAGAUAAACCAGUUCAGAGAUAAACUAGGUUAACCAGCCAAAGUUAACAGAUUUUCCUGCCCCCUUUGCCAUAAAAAAGUCACUUUAUAUCAUAAUUUUCCUGAUGGCAAUAAUUUUUAGCAAUAUUCUUCCAUAUUACAUUUGUAUACACAUUUCUGUGUGCAUAAGAGAUACAACCACAGCUACUUCAUCAAAGCAGAGAAGAAGAAAAAUGGUGCAUGUUUUUAGUUUUUAAAAUAUUUCAUUUGAAGUUUGGAAACAAAAAGACUUUUAUUUUAAUAGAUGUUUUUGCUUAAUAUUUCAUAAAUAUAUGCUUUUAAGGGACUUAUUAAGGGAAAAUAUUAUAAAUGCAAGAACUAUAAAAAUGUCUUUCUUAAAUUCUAGUAUUUUAGAGGCAUGAAGCAAAUGAACACAUAAGUUGUGAGUUGGGAUGUAAUUUUUUUUUUUUUUUGCAUAUGAGGUAACAUAUUUUGUAUUUCACUCAAGGCUUUGCCAGUAAAAAGUAAUGAAAUUGUACCUUUCUAAUGACAUCUCUGCAGCAGGGGUCUAUUGCCUUGUGGAUGACACCAAAUUAUCCAUGUGUAUUAGGAGACUGAGGCUUUUUCCUUUAAUCUCUUUUUAUUAAUGAAGUGCAUAGUGCCUGUCCCAGGAGAGCACUACUGCCUGAUAUACAGAAGAGAGAUCAGAGAGGAAAAAAAAAACUAGUAAAAACACAAAGGAAUUGUGCCUGACCAUGAAAAUGAUUCCUACCUUUCUCUUUAAAGGUACAUAAUGGAAUGAAUUGUAGGCACAGAGAUGGCCCAAGCAUCCCUGAAUAGUAAAAUAAAUCUAACUAUGAAGAUCUGUUUAUUUUGUCAAAAGUUAUAGAUAGCAAAGGGAUGUUUUGGAUUUGGGUGUUUAGAGGAUGGGUGGGAAAUCAGGAUGAAAUGCCUGAUUUCAAAGAAGUAGUCAGACACUUAAAGGAAGUGUUGACUGGUAGUUCAAUAAUGGAUUACAAAAAAUAUAUAUCAAUAUUUUCUAUACUUUACAUCACUCCUGUCACUUUGCUCUGUAACCUUGAGCAAAUCACUUGCCUCCUUUUAGUAUGUGCUUCUAAGGAAUGCAUUGAAUUUCAACCGAGAUUUGAAAUAUUGGGACAAAAUGUAGAUGAAGUUUGAGAUAAAACACAGAUAAAGAAAAGUGAGUUAGUUGGGAUCAUAAAAUCUUAGAGAUCAUUUUGUCUGCUCCUCUCACUUUUCAGAUGAGGAAACUGAGGCCCAAGAUCCCACAGUUUAAAAAAAUUUUGAAAAAACCUAGAUUCACACUCAGAUCUUCUGACUCCAAACACGAUACCCUUCUUUGCUCCAUACUGAUCUUCAUUUGUUUGGAAUUUAAUUUCACCUUAUCAACUAGGAAGAGUUUCUAAACAGGCCCAGUCAGAGUAUUCUUUUCAGGCUGGGAAAACUGGCAAAAUAUCAUUAGUUAAAUUACCUUAAAAUCAGAAAAUGGAGUUUUAUAUUCAAAAGCUAAAAUAAACUUAACUUACUCCCUUUUCUUGAUAUAACAGAUCACAAUUUGAACUCUACAGACCAUAAUCCAAUUAACAUAAAAGCUACUGAAAAUUACUGUAUAUGGUAUUUUCUAAUACACAUUUUAAAACAUUUUACUGGAAAGUAAUCAUGUCUUUCCUAACUAAUUUACUGAUGAGAAGAUUAUUAGAAAAAUACAGUUAUCUUUGGGGGAGGGGGAAAAUUUAUAAGGUUUAACUCACUUCAUCUCAAAUAUAUUUUCUAGCACUUAAAUUUUCAUAUAUUAUGUAUAUAUAAAUUUAGUCAAUGUAGCAAGUCAUUCUACACCUUGAUUUUUAAAUACAUAUCAAGGUUUGAGGCAAGAAGGAUCUCUUUCAGUAAAGAAAAAAAUUAAAUUUGUAGUCUUCUUUUCCCUGUAAAGUGAUAAAAAAAAAAAGGUGCAAUGGGUCCAAUCCCUGCUGAGGGGAACCUGUCACAGAUUAGAAGGGUUGUAGAUUAUAAAGAAUUUUUGUGAGAAUCUGUCUUAUUUAAUUAGCUAAGUACCAUCUCUUCAGUUCCUUCACAUUCCCCACCAUAUUGAAAUAAAGUAGGUGGGACUAGAAAUUGCUUAUAAUUGCCCAGACAUUGUUUAUAGGAGAGGGAAAAGAUCAUUGUAAGAUAGGACCUUGCUGGAGUAUACAAUACAUAUGCCAUCUCUCCUACCAUUCCCACUUAGCUCUGUAUAACCAUUUUCCCAUCACAGAUCACCACCCUCAAAAAUGAACAAUCUACCACACCCAUCUGACACAGUACUAGUAAUGCCAUCAGACAAGACCACCUUCAUAAUGCUUAACUUCCACCACCUCAGCUGAUAUUCCAUAGCUACUGAUUUAUUGUUGUAAAUAUUCAUUAUGAACCCUAAUAAUGGUAACAACUGUUAUAUUAGUAGCCAAAUCUCCUUUGUAUUUGAUUUACUGUUACUCAGUGUUUCUCUAUUUCUUUUGGAUGACUUUUCUUCUCAGAGGUGGUAUGUGCUACCUCUCAGUUAAUGAAGAUGGAACUGAUGUUUGAAACUCAUAUUUCUUUGAAAUAAAUAAUAGAAAUUUUAUGCUAGAUCAAAAAUCCAGCAACUUUACUUUGCUAAUGUCUGGGACUUUUGAAAAAAGUACAUCAAAUAUUAUAAACUGUGCAGUGUUGGCAAGGUACAUCAAAUUUAAGCAAAAUUCAUUGUAAAAGGUAUCAAAUCAAAAGGAUGAAAAUAUACCUAAUUUGUGUAACCCACCAUCAUAUGUGUUAAGUAGCUUUUGGGAUUAAUUAAAUAAGCAAGCAAUGCAUAAAAACAAAAAAACAAGUAUUUAUCAUUUUUAUGACCCAAGUCAGAAUAAAAUUGUAAUUCACAAUAAUCUAAGGAAAAUAAACUGAACAUAUGGCUAUAUUCACAGUUAUUUAUUAAAUGAAAUGUUAAUUGUUACUAUGAUACUAGAAUUAAUGUCACAGGGCUUUAAACUACAAUUGCAUUUGGAAUAAUAUAUUAAAAAUAUGAUCAAAUUGAUUGAUUUCCACUAGUUAUACUGUAUCUCAUAACAUUAAACUUUUUGCAAAUAAACUGUUGUUUGCUUAAAAUAAAAA